AUGCCUGAUUGCAGGAAGGUGUUGAACCCCGAUAAGGACAAUCUUGCGGAUCUGGACCCCCUAUCCAAUGCAUUACAAGGACGCCUGGGACUGUGGGCCGCACUACUUUCAUCCUGGAUCCUCGAGAUCGUCAAGUGUAACAAGAGUGAGGACGAGAUCCUAGUAUCACCCCCGAUCCGAAGUCGACAACUGAUCUCGAUCGCCCCGAAGAAGGAGCCGAGGCGCAAGAUCCAGGCCCCGAUCCCGACAGUGAGAUCGGAUGAGGAUCUGUAUGUUGCCAGCUUCGACGGAUCCGCCCGUGUCAAGCGAGGUGGAGGCGCCUACAGCGCGAUCCUAUCCGGCUAUGUCGAGGGCCUUACUGCCAACGAGGCCGAAUAUCACGACCUUUUGUUAUGUCUUAAUCUGUUGGAAGGGACGGAUCCGCUACGAUUGGUGAUCUGUGGUGACACAAACCUGGUGAUCCGCCAAGUUAGAGGUGAGAUCGACUGCAAGGCGCCUGGAUUAACAUUGUUAAGACAAAAGGCGUUGGACAGAUUGCAGAUCCGGCGGAUCAUGAGUUGGUACAUGUGA